GCUCUGCGUCAUUGUACCUGGACACGUGUAAUCCAGGGGUGGUCCCCCCCCCGCACGAGCACCUCGACCACACCGCGGGGCGAGACCAGUCGCUGUCCGGAGAUCAGCUGGCGACGCCUGUUCGCCGUCAGAAAGUCGCCGCCUCUGAUCCAGGAUCAGCACUUCCACCCGAUUGUUUCUCCAAACCGUCGGAGACUGGGUGGAGCAAGACGGAAGUGCGGCUGAAAAAGGAAGAGUCGAGGCAAACGAACAAACUGGGCGAGAGAGAGUGAAGGGGAGGAGAGAGGAGAGAUAAGACUGGACUCCACUCCACCGCCACGAGUUUUAUCUUCUACUUCAGCUUCGAAGCUGAAAUCCGAAAGCGGCGGCGUUAAGGCGAAGGAGCCCAGCUCUCUGUGCCCGUCUCUCCAGCGGUGAGUUGAGGAGAACUUGCCACGUCCUUCUACAGAGAAGAAGCAAGAAGAGUCGACUUUCGGAGCUCCCUGGCUACGACCGGGCUACUAAAGUCUACCAAGCGCCUGAACACUAGCGGUUUAAAGUUCUCCUUAAAUCGGUGUCAAUCUAGCGAGACGGGCUUCGUAGCGCCUCCUGAGCCCCUCUGACUCUCCCGCUCCUCUACUGUCUGAUUUGACUCGUUGGCGGGGCGUUGGUGCCGUUUUUUCACCGCCCUGUCCGCUACGCUGCUUCCAGCUCUGAGAGCACACACUGAUCACUCGAGCACACUACUAACCCGAGCAGCGCAUUGCCAUGGCCGGAGUCAACAGCCUCGACGCGGUGAAGAGAAAGAUCAAGGUCCUGCAGCAGCAGGCGGACGACGCGGAGAUAAAGGCCGAGGGCUUGCAGAGGCAGGUCGAGGAGGAGAAGCGCGCGAGGGAGCAGGCUGAGGCAGAAGUGGCCUCUCUGAACAGGCGUAUCCAGCUGGUUGAGGAGGAGCUGGACAGAGCUCAGGAGAGGUUGGCCACAGCCCUGCAGAAACUAGAGGAGGCAGAGAAGGCAGCUGAUGAGAGCGAGAGAGGGAUGAAAGUGAUUGAGAACAGGGCUCUGAAGGAUGAGGAGAAGAUGGAGUUGCAGGAGAUCCAGCUGAAGGAGGCCAAGCACAUUGCUGAGGAGGCUGACCGCAAGUAUGAGGAGGUGGCUCGUAAGCUGGUGAUUGUGGAGGGAGAGUUGGAGCGCACCGAGGAGAGGGCAGAGCUGGCUGAGGCUAAUAAGAAGCAUUUGGAAGAGGAGCUAAGGGCUCUGGAUCAAACACUGAAGACUCUGCAGGCUUCUGAGGAAAAGUACUCCCAGAAAGAGGACAAAUAUGAGGAGGAGAUCAAGAUCCUGACUGAUAAGCUGAAAGAGGCUGAGACCCGUGCUGAGUUUGCAGAGAGGUCUGUGGCCAAGCUGGAGAAGACCAUUGAUGACCUGGAAGAAAAGCUCAGAGACGCCAAAGAGGAGAACCUCAAGAUCAAUUCCACCCUGGAACAGACCCUGAGCGAACUCAACAGCUUCUAAAAGUUCUAGAUGAGGACGUUCCCCUGUUUCCCAUUUCGACACAGUCAUCUCAUCAUCUCUCACAUUUGGUCCAGCCUUAAUUUGCUUAAAACUGUGUUACUUCAUGUCACCCCCCACCCCCUUUCCCAAUUCCACUUUUUCCACUUUUUAAGGCAGAGCUCAUCAGCCAAUUAGCUCUUGUUCCUUUUGAGCAAAACUUUCAGCAGGUUUUUUUUUUUUCAUUCACUUUGCCUUGUAAUUUCAGAGCCAAUCUGACCUCGAAGUGUCAAAUCCAAGUAUGUAUAUUGGUGUGGUGUUUUAUUUUUAAAUUUUUUUGGGGGGGGGGGGGGGGGAGAGCUUUUAUCAGAGCUGUUUCACAUGCCAAUGUCCCUUCAAGUAAGAUGUUUCAUCUGAAGCUUUAAAUAUAUGUUGCUUUGGUUCUGAUGAAGCUUAAAUACAGUCCAAGGCAAGGCCACCCCAAAAGCCUCUGAAUAAGGUGAUGAUGAACUGCUGACUUCAAACCGUUAAGCCACUGUUGAAUGUUUUUUUUUGCUGCAGUCCACUUCUCUGAUUCCUUUGUUCUUCCUCUUUCUCCUUCACAUCUCUACUUUCUCUUCCUUGUUCAUGUAGGCUUUUGGAUCCAAAACCACAUCAGAUGAUCUAUUAAAACAAAAUACUUCGUAGUUCUGUGAAGGCUGUUGAUUUUUGAAAGGGGAGGUAUUCAUUUGUUGUCACCAUAAUGUAUGUUUUUGUUUCGUUUCUGCAUUUUAAGUCACCCCCCCUCCCCACCCCCGCCUUAUUGGACCACUGUGUGAAUCGCUGCACUGUUAUGGGCUUAUAGCAACCAUCCUCGGAGCAGAAUGAGCCAAGUCCUGGAAUUCAUUAAGCUUUCAUUUAGAAUGAUGGACUAUAUUUGCCUCCUUUUAAUAGGGCAAUAGUUUAAGUAAUCCAAGAGGAGAAAGGGAUUGGUUUUACAGCCAACUGAAAGCAUCACUGCCAAACUAGAUGCUCAGAGGUCUGUAAGUAGUGCAUAUACAGCAACUGGGAGAAAAUGCAACACUUAAAAGUAAUAAAUAAAAGAUUUAAGGGUGAAUGCAUAGUUUUAACUGGAAAAGCCCAAAAUAUAUAAUCACUUUGUUUACUGUCUUUGUCUUGUGUAAUGAUUUUUUUUUAAAAUAAAGAUCAUGAUUUUUACUGUCA